GGCAUGACUAUCGCCGCUCUCUCGAAAUGUUGCAUGUCGCGCGAUCCAGAACCGGGUCUUAAUUCCUGCUUCUACCAGAAGCCUCCACGAACCAACACGUACUAGGACGAUAUGUAUAUCUCCUUCUGGCAGGCGGAAGUUGUAUAAGAGUUGCACAUUGGAAAGAUAUCUUCAUCCUCUCCAGGACAUCUGAACUCCCUUACAUCUUCAGCCUUCAGCCCUUGACUUAACCAACAAUGAAGCUCUUCGCCGUUGUUUUUACCGCCUUCGCUGCCUUCACCGCGGUCAGCGCAGCCAGCGUCGAUGUCAGCAAAGGAAACAGCCUCGCCGCUGCGCCCCCCACCAAGCCCGCUGCCCUCCAGUGCACCGGUGUUGCCCCGGGACUGCUCGGUGUCAACCAGCACAUGGCUGCGGCCAACCAGAUUCUGGACUCGCUCAAGAAGUCCGCGACUGGGGGGAACAAGGCCCUCGCUGCGAGCGUGAUGGGCGCCGCGGCGCCUACCCCGGCCGAUGUCAUCAGCACUCUGACCGACGCGAUCACCCUCGCGACCAACGCCGCGAUCUCGAUCGUCAACAUCGUCACUGGCCUUACUUUCACCCUCGUCGGGGCCGCCGCUAACGUGCUCAACCCCCUCCUGACCUCGGUGAAGGCCUUGCUCGGUUUGGCGACCACCCUGGUCGCUACGCUGCCCGGCCUCAUCGUCACGAUCCUCACUUCGCUCGCGGGAUUGUGAGCAGGGGAUUAUGCCCCAUCGUAACUGAAUGACGCCUGAAAGAACACUCUUCUUCGCUUCUUCUUUAGGUGUUUUCUUUUUUCUCGAGUGUUGAAUUUGAAAUGAAUGUGUUGAAUGAAAUAAAUGCAAUUUCUGCGAAUGGGGCUGCGUAGCAUAAGAUUAUGCGCCAUAUUUCUACUUGAGAACAUUCUGAGUGUUUUCUGAGAACCUCAGGUGCAGUGACAUGGAUUUUCUCCUCGGUCGAGCGAACCCGAGCACGACAACGUGCCCUGCCAGGCCGCUGAUGGAAUAUUUCACUAUCGUUAUGUGAGGGGUGCUCCCAAUCAGGUAGACAUUUCCAUCGAGAAGUUCCGUUUUGAGCCUUAUCAUCGUGUUCCCCAGCUCUAG